AUGAGGGUCCCGGGGCCGGAGGACCGGGGCGGGUUUUGGGCUGGGAUCGGUACCGGGAUCGCCGCGAGCGGGAGGAGCCGCUCCGGGACGGGCGCUGGGCUGGGGUCCCCCUGGAGCUCCGGGCGCGGUCCCCGCGCCGUCUCGCUGCGGCCGCGGGGAGCCGGGGCUGUGGCGGUGCCGUGCCCGCCGGGAGGGCGGCGGUUCCCCGGAGCAGGCGCUGGAUCGCGGCUGGAAGCGGGCGGGGCGCGGGGACCGCCCGUGCGGGGGCCGGGACCCCUCAGGCGCCGCCGCUCCCUCAGGCGCCCCCUGGCGGACACGGAGCGGCGGCGCGAGCGCAGCGCUCCCGGCCCCGCAGCCGCCGGUGCGAGGAUGCAGAAGCGCCCCCGCCCCGAGGGCCACCGCACCCCCCGUGGCAGAGCAGCGCCCGCCUCCCCCGUGCCCGCUCCCGCCCGCCGUGCCCCCGCGGAACGAGCGCGGCUGGAUCGCGGCGGGCGGGAGAAGCCGCUCCGAGGCGGGAGCUGGGGCCGAGUCCGGCGCUGCCGCUCCUGCUCCGACUCCGACCAGCGUGGGACUGCGGCCCCGACGGGGCUCGGUCCUGCUCCGGCUGCUCAUCCGACACCUGCCGGAGCACAGGAGAUUUUAAGUUAGAAAGACCUCCAAGGAUCAUCAAGUCAAACCAUGGUAAGUAAUUGGCCCAUCUGGGGAUUGAACUCAGAAU